GAGAAAGAGAAAUAUAGAGAGAGAAAAUUGUUUUGUUCCACUGCUGGCUAACUGCUUUCAUAUGGGGAUACUUUAUCCGAAUAAUCUCAAGACAACUGUUUCCAUAUGAAUGAAUCAAUACUUAUCUUUAUAUACUCUCACUCGCCGUCGCCGUCGCCAUCGCCGCCGCGUCCUAUCUCCGGUGGAUCUACCGGCGGACGGUUGCUAACACUAUUUCCCUAACUUCACUCAAUUCUCAAUUGGAUCGUCACUUUCCUUAAUCCUCUGCAAUUUCUCUAUUCCAUAACCAUCAAAUCUUGACAUUACUCCACCAAUGGCGACAAGAGGCAGCAGGACAGUGAAAGUUAACAGAAUCUUCCAACGAUUCGACGUUAAUCAAGACGGAGGUCUCAACAGAGACGAAAUGGCAUCACUCGUAGUCGCCGUAAACCCUAGAGUCAAGUUUAGUGAAGAACAAAUCAACGCAAUCCUCGACGAGGUCUUUCGUACUUACGGCGAAUUCAUAGACGGCGAAAAAGGCUUAACUCUAAACGGACUCCUUCGUACUUACGACGAUGGCGCAGGCGACGUUGAUCGUGACUUCGACGCGCUAGGUCUUGAUCUCAAAUCGGAUACUAUUACAGGUAUUUCAAUUGAAGAAGCUUCCUCUUCGUCGAUAGCAGAUGAACGUGUUGUUCCGGAGACGCAUAAGAAGCAGAGAACGAGUGAAUGGGCAGCUUCACCUAAUCACGGGAUCUUAUUUGAUGAUACUUGGAAGAUCGUUGAAGAUUUGGAGAUUGUGAUUAAGAGAUUGAAAUCGAAACAGGAUGGGAAAUCGAAAGGGGAUAACUCGAACUCAGAUGCGUAUUCAGAUCCAGGUUGGUCAAGAGAAUUAGGUCCAGGACCAGAGAAUUAUUCAUUUGUUUGGGAUGAAUCACGAACUGAUUACACUUCAUUCGUUAGAGAAUUAACCGGUUUGAGAAAUCGAGCAGAUACUGGAAGAUCUAGGGAAGAAGCAUUCGAUGGUCAUAUGGCAAUUGGUAAGGUUUUAUAUGAACACCAGUUAUAUAAAGAAGCUCUUGUUUCAUUCAAGAGAGCUUGCGAAUUACAGCCAGUUGAUGUUAGACCGCAUUUUCGAGCUGGAAAUUGCUUAUACAUACUGGGAAACUAUCUCGAAUCCAAAGGAGAAUUCAAUCUGGCAUUAACAGCUGCUGAAGGAAAUGGAAACCAGUGGACAUAUCUCCUUCCUCAAAUCCAUGUUAACUUCGGGAUUUCUCUUGAAGCUGAAGGUAUGAUUCUAAAUGCUUGUGAACAUUAUCGAGAAGCUGCAAUUCUUUCACCAACGCAUUUUCGAGCUUUGAAACUGUUAGGCAGUGCUCUAGUUGGUGUAGGAGAAUAUAAAGCUGCAGUUAAAGCAUUAGAGGAAGCCAUUUUUUUGAAAAAUGAUUAUGCUGAUGCACAUUGUGAUUUAGCCUCUGCUUUACAUUCAAUGGGUGAUGAUGAUAAUGCCAUUAAAGAAUUUCAAAAAGCUAUUGAUCUUAAACCUGGUCAUGUAGAUGCUUUGUAUAAUUUGGGUGGUUUGAAUAUGGAUAUGGGUAGAUAUCAAAGAGCAUCCGAAAUGUACACUAGGGUUCUAUCUGUAGCACCUAACCAUUGGAGGGCACAGCUCAACAAAGCUGUAUCACUUCUAGGUGCUGGCGAAAAUGAAGAAGCUAAGAAAUCUAUGAAGGAAGCUUUGAAAAUGACCAACCGGGUCGAACUCCACGACGCCGUUUUGCAUCUCAAACGGUUGAAAGACGACGGAGGUUACGUCGUUAUCGACCCGUCGAAAUUUGCCACCUCCGGUGAUAAAACGACAGCCAGAAACGAGUUAGCGAACGCCCUGGAUAUCAGGGCGUUCCAGAGGAUCACUAGGCUAGACAGAUGCAGUGUGGACUUGAUAAAGAACGAGAUGAACGAAAACGUGCCCGUUUCUUAUUCGGGUCGCGGAGCUCCGGAAAAAACAAUCCGAAAGGCUCCGCUCGAGGAAAUCCUCCGUCGGUUGCUCGUGUUCUUGAAACCCGAAACGUUCGUGGAAGCGGUUAAAGCCAUAAACAACAAGAUUCUCUCGGUUCUGGACGAAACGGAGUCGGGUCGGGUCGACUUGGGUUUGUUCUUAGCAAUAACCGCCCCGAUAUGCAAUGGGUCACCCGAGAGGCGUAAACGGGUUGUAUUCGACACGUUACUAUGGAGGCCCGUGAACGAAGACGGGUCGACCCAUAUAAGAAAGGUGGAUGCUUUAACCUAUAUGAAAUUGUUGAGGGCAAUAUAUCUUCCAUCCAAUGGCAUAAGUGAAAUGCUGGAGAUCCAUGGGGAGAUGGAUUCUACUUCAUUGGUUUCGUAUUCCGAGUUCGUGACGAUGUUCGACGACUACGAUUGGGGGUUUGGGAUUAUGUCGUGCUUGUUGAAGCUUGAAUUGGGGGAUAGGAAACGACAUGGGAACCGUGUUUGCGCGGUUUGUCAGUACCCGAUAAUCGGGUGGAGGUUUAGAGAAAUGAAAUGUGGUUUCAGUUUAUGUAGCAGUUGCUAUAGAGAAGGAAAAGUGCCUAAUAUUAGUUCAAAGCAAGAAGGGUAUGUAUUUAAGGAGUAUGCUAGUGAAAUGGAAGCAAUUAAAGAUAAGUGUAAGUGUCUUAAUUAAGUAUGUAUAUGUUUAUCAUAUCUUUAUUGUUUAGUUAAAUAUAUGUGUAAUUAUUGACAUUAAUUGUAUAUUAAUAUGUGAAUUUGGAUUGAUGAUUCAUUGUUUGAUAAAUAAUUAUUCAAUGUG